CGUGAAGCUCGUUGGCAGCACCAUAAGUUGUCAGCCUAUAUACUGGAAAUCAGAUACUGCAAACGAGAUGCGGAGAAACCCACAUGUGCAGAGCUACAUAGUGGCAAUGGAUCAGUAUACAGGCGUUGAUUGGCGCAAUGAGACCAACUGGGACUGCAACGCUGGGUGAGUCACUGGAGUUGCAUUGGUGACAUUAACAUUCCAUGAUAGUGCUCGGCAGACCAAUUGUUGAUCAAUGUCAUGCUGCGGGCGUACGUACCUGACCACCUUCUGGUCGAUAAUCACCUGUCCAGAAAUAGGAGAUGACAAUCUGAUGCAAUCUGGGUUGAUAAGUUCACAUGCACGAUGACUCUCUUCCACAUGAUAUUUGACAAUUGUUAUAUCUUAACGCUCAGUGUUGCUCGAUGUUUGCUGACCAGGCAAAACCCUUAUGACGAUUUUGCUUACGAUGGCUUGAUGAUAAACCCCCUUGAAGUCCUCUUUGUGAAGAUAAAGAGCUACCAAUUAGAGAGCAACUGGAUAACCUCGAAGAUGGCAAUAACAUACGAGAGAUGGCAUCGUGAUCAGGUCCUUUUCCUUGCCUCUUAUCUGUGAUGGACAUAUACUGUCAGAAACAGCUGUAAACUAAUUAGCAAUAUCAACCUGAUUUGUUAUUUUAUGGUUCCUAUGUCUGAUCCUAGGAACAUUCCACACACAUCUGAUCAUGAAGCACAUACUAUGUAGUACAUCAUGAUGACUUAUAAUAUCUAAGUAGAUAUGACUUGUUACCUUUGUCUUUCUGACGGAUAUAUACUGUCAGAGCAUAAAGAAACGAUUCGGUUAGAGUUG